ACAAAUAUGCGUAAUGAGUCAUUUGAAGAUUUUGAAGAUUUAAGAAUGAUAUUUGGAUCUAAUACUGCAACUGGGCUUAAUGCUGUGGGUUUAGGCGAUACCGUUGAUGCAGAUUCUUACCAAGUUGGAGAGAAUGACGGGAUAAUGGAUGAUAUGGACAGAAUACCAUACGCUGAGAAAUCUGUGCACGACGUUUUCUCUUCAAUUGAGAAAAACAGGUUAGAAAAGCUUCCUCAACGAAAGAAAGCUAGAACUGAUGCAUUUAAUUCGAACAAAGCUUUUGAUGAAGUGAACACAGUGCAAGAGUUCGGUAAUCAGAUUCUUGGCAUGAUACAAAGAAGAUGGGAAAAAGAAACUGAAGAAAAAGAAGCUGAAGACAAAGCUGAGAAUGUGUGGGAAGCUAUUACAGAAAUUCCUGAUUUGACCAUCGAUUUGCGUUACGAAGCCAUGACGUUGGACAUUAACUUUCUCAAAUUCACAACCACACCACGAAUUCUCUAUUUUUAUACUAUAGACGACGUUGAACAUAUUUUCAAACGUAUUGCAGAGAGAAUCCAGUUUUUCUAUUUUGUUGUAAAGCAACGUUGCAAAGAGAAUAUGUUUUUUGUGUAAACCAAUGUCGCAGUGUUUUGUUUUGUAAA